AUGCGCACUGACGUAGACCCCCCAGUCCCGGUCCCAGUCCCAGUCCCAGCCGUGUGCGUCUCUGUGCGGACGCGGGUGCAGAGAGAAGCCGCUCGCUUUGGAGCAGAGACGGAGAGGGCAAUGGAGGAUGAGUGUGGGCCCCCAGGAGGCCAGUCCAGCACAGACAGACUGACCCGGGCCAAAGUGGUCCGGUGUGGUUGGCUGAGGAAGCAGGGCGGCUUUGUGAAAACGUGGCACAACCGCUGGUUCGUCCUGAGAGGGGAGCAGCUCUACUACUACAAAGAUGAAGAGGAGACCAAAGCACUGGGAGCUAUCGUCCUGCCUGGAAACAGAGUCACGGAGCAUCCCAGCUGUGGGGACGAUGGAGGCAAGUUCCUGUUUGAAGUCAUUCCAGACGUGACGGUGGUAGAACACGUGUGA